AUAUUAUUUUCGAAAAUGUUUCUUGAUUCUUGAGAACACGAUCAGGCGUCGCGAAUCGAACACAACUCACGUGUGAGAAUUCCAUUUGCUGUAGUUUUGGCUUGUUGGAGAGCAAUGCCUUGUUGCAGCCGCUCACAGGAAACGCUUCGUUGCCCAACAACCUGACGACAUUUUGGUUGGCAGCUACAGAUAGCAUGUUCAAUUGUAUCGGAGGCACAUGGUCUUGACAUCAUGCUCCUUAAAGAGCCAUCCAACUCAGUAGUUAAUAUCCCACACUGCGAUAGAUGAAUACGGGCAUCUCAUUGCUGCUGGUUAUGUUCAGGCUGCCAAAGAGCUAUCAUGAGAUAGCGAGCCAUCUUGGGCUGUUAGUCAGCUUAGCAUCGGAUGCUGCACAGUUGUUGAUGGGAACCAUGAUUCCAGGCGAGCCUUUGUACACAGCUACGGGGGACCAAUCUACACAGACCGCAACCAUAGCCAUGUUAUAGGGCAUUAUCAAGAACCCCCUUCCUCCAAAACAUAAAGCCCAGCUGACUUCUUUCUCAUGGUGGU